GGAGAGGCAAAAACCUUGAGAUGAUAAGAAGCUUGCGGUUAACCUCUUUGCUCUCUGCCGCUAAACCUCUCCGCUCUUUUGCUUGUUCAUCUUCUCCGGCGAGAGAGACACCGCCAUGCGCGUCGUUUGCAGAGGCAAAAUCCACACCAUCCCCAAAUUCUCUUAGUAUAACUCCACCCAAAACUCCACUAUUCCUUAGAAAGCCGUCGCACGCAGCUCCUUUGUCGGAGGUUUGGAAAUGGCACGACUGGGCGAAAGAUCUCGCCUCCUCCGUAGAGGUUUCUUCUCCCAAGGCUGAAGAUAGCCUUGACUCUAUCCUCCUCCUCCGCGAGCUGAAAUGGCUAAUCGAAGACUCGAUCGAAGACAAUCAUCCGGUGAUUACCAGAACGGAAACAGAAGGAGAGAAGAAUGUGAAGCUGAGAGCGUCGUUGGAGGAGCUAUACGAUCUAUGGCGUCAGAGGAUCGAGAAGCGGCGGCCGUUUCAGUACGUGGUGGGAUGCGAGCACUGGAGAGACCUGGUGCUGUGCGUCGAGGAAGGUGUUCUUAUUCCGAGACCAGAGACGGAGGUGAUCGUCGAUAUGGUUGAGGAGGUGGUUACGAGAGACGAAUGGUUUAAGAGAGGGACUUGGGCCGAUCUCGGAACAGGAAGCGGCGCGAUUGCGAUCGGCGUUGCUAAAGUAUUAGGUAGCUGUGGGAGAGUUGUAGCUACAGAUCUCAGUCCCGUGGCGAUCGCUGUCGCCGGAAACAAUGUUAAAAGAUACGGCCUUGAGGGAGUGAUUGAAGUAAGAGAAGGGUCUUGGUUUGGGCCUUUGAAGGAUGUUGAAGGGAAGCUUGUGGGGCUUGUGAGUAAUCCACCGUACAUACCGAGUGAUGACAUUCCAGGUUUACAAGCUGAGGUUGGUAGACACGAACCGAGACUUGCGUUGGAUGGUGGUGUUGAUGGGACUGAUAGUCUUUUCCAUCUUUGUGAUGGGGCUUCUCGGAUGCUUACAAGCGGUGGCUUCUUCGCUUUCGAGACUAAUGGAGAGAAGCAAAGCAAGAUGAUCGUAGAUUACAUGACAAAUGAUCUCAAGAACAGUUUCUCUGAUGUGAAGAUAGUUUCUGAUUUUGCUGGAAUCGGUCGGUUCGUGACUGGCUUUCGUCUAUGAGAUUUAACUCUACUCGCUGUGGUGCCAUUUCCCUAUAAUAUUUGUGUACUAAUUUGAGCUACAAAAUGUAUGGAGUUGUGAAAUUAUUUUUUCCUCAAAAUCAUGAACUGAGUUCAACGGAAGAAUCUUCUUUGUUUGUCAAUAUCAAGGAGUAUAAAAAUAACAGCUUUUCAAAUUGAUAAAUCGUCUUAGUAUAAAAUCAUUGCCUCAUUGGUAAAUAAAUGACUUGUGAUUAUAAUUGUAAUACGAAUGUGGGCUUUAAUAAGGCCAUAGUAGUUUAGAUAAGCUUGUAGAGGUGGCCCAUUUAUGCUUUAUAUAGUUCAUCACUCAGCUUCCAGAAUUUAGGUUUUUUAGCAGAAUCGAUUUCACGUAAAGCUCCCGCCGCCUCCUUUUACAGAAUGGAUUCUCAGAUCAAGCACGCCGUGGUCGUGAAGGUUAUGGGGAGAACUGGUUCUCGUGGUCAGGUGACUCAGGUUAGAGUCAAGUUCACAGAUUCGGACCGUUUUAUCAUGAGGAAUGUUAAAGGACCGGUGAGGGAAGGAGACAUCCUAACUCUUCUCGAGUCCGAGAGAGAAGCCAGAAGACUCCGUUGAUUCAUAUGCCAUUCUCUAUGAAAGUGUUACCAUGAUCUACAGUUGCCCUCUUAUGUUUCUUAACCUUAUGGUUGUCUUUUUGUCUAAGAAAUACUCUGUUUUAAUUACUUGAAUUUUGUUGAGACAAUGUUUGAAUCGAGAAAUGAAUCUUUUUUCAU